UGGUGGGGGAAGAUGAUGCUCUGGCCGGGCAGGGCCAAACGUGUUGUGAGAGUCUGGCAGACUCCCCUAUCAGAAGGAGUUUCAACUCCAACUCUCACUGCGGGGGUUCGCAGUUGACUGUGAAGUAGCUGGAAUGAAAAUCAAAAUCUUAAUAAUUAAUUAAUAAUAAUUGUCAGACCAUGAUCCUCAGUCAGGAAAGGGUGGAGUGACCUCUCCAUAAUAGGGAUGAGAUCCUUCCCAAAGAGGAGAAGUUCAAAUAUCUUGGAUUCACGAGAUCGGAAAUCCACAGAUGGAUUGGUACAGCGUCUGCAGUAAUGCGGACUUGGUAUCGGUCCGUUGUGGUGAAGAAGGAAAAGGCUAAACUCUCUAUUUACCGGUCGAUCUACAUUCGUACCCUCACCUAUGGUCACGAGCUGUGGGUCAUGACCGAAAGAACAAGAUCUUGGAUACAAUAAGAUGAAACGAGUUUUCUCCGCAAGGUGUCCGGGCUCUUGCUUAAGAGUUGGGUUGAGAAGCUCGAUCAUCAGGGAGGGGCCGAGAGUAGCAGUAGUAGUAACCUGCUCCUCCGCAUUGAGAGGAGCAAGAUGAGGUGGCUGGCACAUCUGAUACCCCCUGGACGCCUCCCUGGUGAGGUGUUCCGGGCACGUCACCCCGGGAACAACCCAGAACACGCUGGAGGGAUUGUCACUCUCAUUGGUCGUGAUCCCCUAAGAAGAGCUGGAGGAAGUGGCUGUGGAGCAAGAAGUCUACCCUUCCUUCCGAAAGUUACUGCCUCUGCGACUCAACCUCUGAUAAGGAGAAGAAAAUGGAUGGAUGGGUGGAGAAAUGUGAAAUAAGCAGUUUUACAUGAUUUAAGAUUGUAUCAGAUAAUUGUUUCUAUUACUUAUUUUAAACUGUACAAUAAACAUUAGAAUGAAUUACUUUUUCUAUUUAUUAACUUUUUUCCACCUCAUGUCAGAAAGAUUUAGCCAAUCUGGGUGUUUUAAAAAAUCUAAUCGGGCCCCUCCUAUACUGUGUAUUUUCAUAUUACUGUAUCUGUUUAUUAUUACUUUGAGCAUACCAUUACAUUGUAGGAAACGUGUAUUUGAGGUUUUAUAAGUUAAACGUGCUUCCUGUGUAUAGUGCUCUCAACCAGGGCGAGGGUGUCCUUAGAGGUGGACAGGCCUUGGCUGAGAGUCCAGCUCUCCCACCGAGCCAUACUGGAGUGCUGCUACCAGACCGACACGACCUCAGUCCAAAUCAUUUGGGUCUUGCACGUCCAGCCCACCAACGGCAACACGUUCCUGGUUCCGGUCCCCAUGUCAGACCGGGUGAGCUCAGGUUACACGAACAAUGGCGGGGUCAUCUGCGGGACCCUGACUUUUGCUGAGUUGAAGUUGGCCGAUUCGGGUCUGUAUCGAUGUUGGUUCAACGCCUCCGACAUUCACACACCUGGCACCUACCUCCAGGUCUAUGAGCCGCUGAAGAAGACGAUAAACCUCAGCGAAAAGAUGAAAGACAGCAUCCUGAUGACUGAGGGAAUGUUACUAUUUCUGUGCGCCCUGGUGUCUUCGGCCACGCUCCUGCGCAAGACAAAGCAUCUCCAUGCACUUCAGCAGAAGAAGGCAAAGAGGCAAGAGGAGAACAUCUAUCAGGGCCUCAAUUUGAAUGACUGUGACAACGCAGCGGGCGUCUACCAUGAUCUGGUUGCCAGUAUGCAAGAGGAAAUCCAACUGGAGAACCCACGAAUGGAACAUAAAUGUCAAAAUUUGUGGGAGAUCAGGGUGGGGGCAGAAAAAUGAGUCUUUGUUGAUCAAAUUGCUUGAUCUCUCCGCAGCCCAUAGAUUUGAUACUGCAUGCAUCGCUUUUUGGCGCCGGCAAUAUAGUCUUUAAUAUGAUUUUCUGGUAUGUGAGUGUAUAUUUCUUUUUAAUCUCGAAAAGACAACCCUGUUUCAGAAGACAGACAAUUUUAUGAGGAUUCCUGUUUUUUUUUUUUUUUAUCACAGUUCCUGUGGUGAUUUUUUUAUUUUUUUUUUUGUAAUAGUUGCAG